AUGAAAAGACAGCAUGAGCUGAGUGUGGAAGAUGGCUGCCUUCUGUGGGGGACAAGGGUGGUAAUACCACCUCGGGGUCGGCAGGUAAUGACGGAAGAGCUACAUGCAGCUCAUCCAGGGGUCUCAAGGAUGAAAUCCCUAGCCCGGAGUUACGUGUGGUGGCCCGACAUGGAUGAGGAGUUGGAGGCAGCAGUACGCAGAUGUCAUACAUGUCAAGCUAACCAGGCCACACCUCCGGCCGCGCCGCUGCAUCCCUGGGAGUGGCCAAAUCAGCCAUGGAUGAGACUACAUUUGGAUUUUUGCGGGCCCAUUCUGGGAAAAAUGUUUUUGAUUGUCAUCGAUGCUUACUCCAAAUGGAUGGAAAUCAUCCCAAUGCAGUCCAUAAACUCCUCAAUAACUAUUGAGAAAUUGAGAAGCAUAUUUGCCACUCAUGGCAUCCCAGCAAGUCUGGUUACAGACAAUGAGCCAAGUCUGGUCAGUGCAGAGUUUGAAAAUUUCCUCAGAAAAAAUGGCGUAAAACAUGUGACAACAGCCCCAUACCACCCGUCCUCAAAUGGCUGUGCGGAGCUCGCUGUACGGGUCUUCAGGGAAGCCAUCAAGAAGAUGGGGGAGGGAGGUGUGGAAACAAAGGUGUCUAGGUUCCUGUUUAAAUACAGAUCAACCCCUCAGACUACAACCGGCAUUACGCCUGCGGAGCUGCUAAUGAACAGGAGAUUGCGAACGCAGCUGGACAUGCCAGCACUGUCAGACAAAGUGGGCUCAAACCAGGCAAAACAAAAACAGAACCAUGACAAAAGGGCCAGGGACCGAGUGUUCAAAGACUGUGAGGCUGUAUACAUACGAGGAUAUGCGGGCCAGAAAUGGAUUCAGGCGAGACUCGUGGAGAGGACUGGUCCAGUGUCUUGGACAGCAAACACUCAAGAUGGCAAGCUGGUGAGAAGACAUCAGGAUCAGAUCCGUCCACGUUAUGAUCAGAAGGAAAGUCUUCGUGACACAUCAGAGGACAGUUUUCCAGAGGAUUUCCAUUCAGCACCACCAGGAGCAGUUGAUCAGGAACUAGUUGAUCAGGAACUAGUUGAUCAGGAACCCGAUGAGCAGGAACCAGGUGAUCAAGCACAGGAUGCAGAAGUGGGAGUCAGGGACACCGCUCGCCAAAGGAAACCUCCAUCAUAUCUUAAGGACUAUGUUCUCAUACAGACUCAGUGA